AUGUUUGCUAAAGUGCUAACACUUUUCGCGGUGGUAUCAGCCUGUCAGGCGAUCUUCCCGUUCCACCACCACCAUCACCACCACCCAGCGAUCUCCCACCAGGAGUUGCAGAAGCACGACGGGCCGCACCACCCGAUACCUAUCCAUCACCACCACGAACCGAUAGUUCCGAUCCCGAUUCACCACCACGUGCCGAUUCUUCAUCACCACGUACCUGAGCCUAUUAUUCACCAUAUACCACACCAUGAUCACUAUGCAUUCCCCGAGUACAAAUUCGCGUACUCCGUCCACGACCACCACACUGGUGACGUGAAGUCUCAACACGAGCUGCGCCAUGGAGACAUCGUGAAGGGAGGGUACGAGCUCGUCGAGCCUGACGGCAGGUACAGGAAGGUGGAGUACAAGGCUGAUGACCACACCGGUUUCAACGCCAUCGUUCACCACUCGUCGCCUCACCAUCAUGUUCAUCAUUCUCAUCACCACAUCUGAGCGUGAUGACGUCACUGCGACCAGAACUGACUGCUGCUCAAACAAGACUGACUGUAUGCUUGCCGUAUUGAUACAUGUAGAAUGCUUU